ACAAAACACAACUAAAAAAAAAAAGAAAAUUUCUCCCGUCGUGGUCGUGUCAAUUUCUUUUCGCUUCAUUCGGGUUUAUUUUAUUUGUCUGUCCUUCCAAUUUGCAAUUUUUACACGAUAAACAGACAAAUUCACAAGCCACACAAAUAGCUAAACCAAAUCCAACUGCUAUUGCCCUCGAUCGAAGCCCCUGUGCCCUGAGAAAUGCCCCAAUAACCUGCCUGCCAGCCACACAAUGGAGCGUCGAGUAAAACUAAAAACAAUAAACCCUCAUAUCACCUGCAAAAUUUGCGGAGGAUAUUUCAUUGAUGCCACAACAGUAACCGAAUGUUUACAUACUUUUUGCAAAAGUUGCCUGGUGAAGCAUCUGGAGGAGAAAAAGACAUGUCCCACUUGCGAAAAUGUAAUCCACCAGUCUCACCCACUCCAGUACAUCAGUUUCGAUAGGACAAUGCAGGAUAUUGUUUAUAAGUUGGUACCAAAUCUGCAAGAGGAUGAAACCCGAAGGGAGCGAGACUUCUAUAAGAGUCGUAAUAUGCAAUGUCCCAAAGACCAGCCUCAGAAUCACGACGACGACAACGAGAAGGUGAAUGAGGCGCAUGCCGAGUCGGAUUACCAUCGGCAAGACGAACAGGUCAAUGUGUGCCUGGAGUGUAUGAGCAAUAACUUCAAAGACCUGCAACGCAGGUUCAUACGGUGCAGCUCGCAAGCGACGAUAACGCACCUCAAAAAGUUGGUAGCUAAAAAAAUACUCAAUGGGAUCGAAAAAUAUCGCGAGAUCGAUAUAUUGUGCAAUGAAGAACUCUUAGGAAAGGAUCACACUUUAAAAUUUGUCUACGUAACGCGGUGGAGAUUUCGUGAACCUCCGCUGCGUCUUCAAUUUAGGCCUAGAGUAGAUUUGUAAAAAAAAAUUUAAGAAAGUAAAUCAAAGCUUAGAUUUUAGGCUUCAAUUAAAGCUUUCAUUGAAAUUCAUGGUUAAAAAUUGCGAUUAUUAAUUUUGUGAUAUUUUGAAAAGAAAAUUAGCUUUUCUUUUUGAUGUAAAAUUAUUGUUCGUUAUGUACUUUUGGUCCUAACAUUUUCUCAAUCAUCAUAAAACAACUCUUAUUCAUAAGCUUUAAAUUGACAUCAAAAUAAUUUACUAAUUUUGUUCCCUUAAUAUCUGAAAAUUUUCAAUGGUAGAAUGAUGAGUUUCAAUGAUAGGUACAAUUGAUUGCUUAAUAUUCGGCCUUAUCACAGGAACCGUCGUCGGAGACCUUUCGUACCACAAAGAACAAACAAAGUAUUAUAGAAUUUAACGAUAAAGAUGUGAUACUUUAUCUUUGUCAUUUCUAGUACAUAUCUUCUUUGACUAGGCCUAUGAUAAGGGCGAAUAUGUUAUAUUAAAAAACAAAAAAGAGAUAUUUAUUUAAUAAACAUCCAACAAACAAAACAAAAAGAAUAUUAUUUUAUGUAAUUAUAUUUUUACCAAUUAAGAACAAAUUUAAACAAAAUUUUAACAAAUAAAAAAAAACAAAAAGCAUUACAAACAAACAGAAAUUAAAACAAAACAAACAAAAAAGAAGAAAAUCAUAAAAAAGAGAAUAAAAAACUGAUAAAAUAAACUUAUUACGUUUAAACCCAACAAAAAAAAAUAGAAACAAAAAGAAAAACCAUAUAAGUAAAAUAAUUUAUCUGUAAAAUAAACAAAAACAAAUUAAUAGGGAAAUGAUUAAAACAAAGAUUGUAGGCAAAAACUUAGAAAAGAGAGAAAUCAUCUUAAAAGUAAAAUUUAAAAUAAACAAACAAAAAAAGAAAGAAUAAAAUGAUAUUUUGUAAUAUUUUCAUACCAGAAAAAAAGAAAAGAAAAAAAAAACUGAUAGCAAACAAAUCAGAUUCAUACAAUUUUUACAUUUACACUAAGAAACAAAACAUAAACAAAAGUAUUUAUAUUUACAUUCGAUGCAAAUUCUCGAAAAGAAAUACAUAUACUUAACAAAAAUGUAAUAUUAACAAAAUAACAAUUAAAUUAUAUUAUAUUUAAAAAAAAAAAACAAGAAACAAAACUAAGAAUCUAGAUACAUUUUUAUUAAGUAAUUUUCUCUUUUCGAAAAAGUGAGAGUACACUCGAGUUGGCUUGUAAUGUUUUUCGUUUCAGCAGCUUGUUUUUGUUAUAAUUUGCUUUACAUUUUUUGAAAAUAUUAAACAAAAAAUACAUAAAUGUGUAUAAUUAAAUAGUAUAAUAACGAUAAUAUAGUUAAUUUUUUUAAAAAUUAAUUUAGUCCAUCAAAACCCAUUUCAUUGCCAUUUUACAUAAAAAUAUUCGUCACAUACUUUACUUUGUCUGAUGUUUUCUAUUUUGUUUUAAUUUAUGUCUUUUUAUUUCUCUCUCUCUUUCUUUCUCUCUUUUGUCAGACACAUAAAUGGUUUUUAAUUUUUUAUUUCUGUUUUUCUAUUUCAAAACUAAAACAUACACAUUUCUAUGUAGGAACUUUUUGUAUUUAUAUAUUCCCUGGCGUAGUCAGUGGUAAUAUGUUUAUAAAGAUAUAUUUUUUUUGUUUGUUAAAUUUUAUAUUUUGCAAAUUAUAUUUUUUUUAUUUUACACAUUUCUUUCUUUCCGCGCAAACAUACCCUUUUUAAAUUUAUAUAGUUUAAUAAAUAAUAAUGAUAAUAAAAAUAAUAAAUGUAAAUAGGAACAAAUUAACAAAUUGUAUUGUAUCAAUAAAUUUAACAUUAACUUCUGUGGCUUUAUUAUUAGCUAGGCUACUAAAAGAAUAAAAAAAGAAGAAAUAUUUUGUAGUUUUUUGUUUCUUUUGUUUAGAUAUAUAUUUCUUUUUUUAGUUCUUAUUUUAUUCCUACAAAAAUAGUUUUAUUUUUUUAUGUAAAGAUUUUAUUUUUUAUUAAUUUUAAAUGCAAAUAAAACAAAAUCAAAGUCAUUGGAAGUUUUUGUGUGUUUUUUUAUUGUUUAUUUAUAUAUAAAUAAAAAAUAAAAGUAAUUAAUAAUAAUUGUAUAAAAAAUUUAAUAAUAAAAUUAUAUAUACAUGCAUACAUAUAUAUUGUAUAAA